GAUGGAGGGGCGGAGCUCCGUGUGCACGAGGAGCAGCAGGAGCAGCAGAGGAGUUACGAGGAGCAGCGUGUCCUUGCUCUGCAGGACAGGAAGUCGGCGCUGCUCCGAGCCAUGACAUCAUCAGACACAGGGUCGGGGGCUGCAGACGAGGCCCUGCGGAGCCGCCUAGAGGCCCUGGAGUGCAGCUUCAGCUUCCCCCGCUCGGCGAUGGCUGUGCAGCUGAGCACGGCAAGGGCGGGGCUUUCUCACUGCCUUGAGGCCCGCCGCUUCCUGCGGGCCGACUGGCCAAUCAGAGAGCCGGACGAGCCGCGCCGCCGUGCCAGAUACCAGGUGUUCAAAGACCUGCGGGGGCGGGGCUUCUACCUGACAUCAGCAGGGAAGUUCGGAGGAGACUUCCUGGUGUACCCAGGUGAUCCUCUUCGUUUCCACGCUCACUUCAUUGCCGUCUGUCUCUCUCUGGACGAGUCUGUCUGCCUGCUGGACGUCCUCGCCGUGGCUCGUCUGGGGUCCAACGUGAAGAAGACGGUCCUGCUGUGCUCGCCGGGGGUGGACGGACACGUCCUAUACACCUCAUUACAGUGGAGUGGGAUGGUCUAGACCCUCAGACCAACCCAUCAGGUCUCAGACUGCCAUCUGUGUCAGGAGGACGCCGUCUGUGUCAGGAGGACGCCAUCUGUGUCAGGAGGACGCUGUCUGCUGACAGACAUUUAAAUAAACGUUGAGUUAAGCGUUUUUGGACCUGGUGGCGCCCCCUACUGAGCAUCUCCAAAUAAUCUCACAAUCACUUGGACUUAAAUAUUUGCCAUCAUUUCACGUCCUGUAAGUUUCGUGACAAUCGGACAAAAAGUUCCUGAUUUCUAAUCAUCUUUUUGUCUCCGGUGGAUUUUCAUGAAACUUCGAGGUGUUUCAGGUUCCUCAGUUUCAGCUCUUUCUCUGAGCCACGCCCCCUCUGAAGCUCAUUGGUCUUUAAAAUUCAGAGACGUCAAGAAGCUUGUGAUACCUUCAGAGACGCUCACUGUGAUGAAUCCAAUUUGAUUCAGACCUGGAUCAGGAUCCCUGUCUUUCCUGAAGUGGAUGAAACCUGCACAGACUCGCGACAGAGAGCUGAGUGCCGGAUCGAUCCAAUAAAUAUAGACGGAGGUUUACUUUGUGACUGAAACAAAGGAGGAACAGCUGAGAUCUGACGUGGACCGCCGGCUCCAGGACCCGUCACAGACCUCAACCUGCCGGAUCUGGGUGUUUGAGUUAGAGUCAGUGUGUGAAUGCCGUCCUUCCUUCAUCAGGUAGAAAUGUUGUCUUAAUGCCGAGAACCAGUCAGCAGAGCAACCCCCAGAACCUGGACAUCUCCUUCUGGGACUGCUUGGACCAGAACAACUGAUCUCACAGAUGUCCCAAAACCUGCAUGUUGUUAUGUUUUAGUUGCUUCAGUUUUUGGAAUAAAUUUAAAAAAACUGUAAAAAAGUGGCAACGAUUUGUUUUCCUUCAUUAAAGUGGAAAUCAGAGACGUCUUUGUCCAAAGAGGACAAACCUGCUCUGUUUGUCUUUCAGAAAGUGAUGU